CCCAGGAGUAUAUAUUGGGGUGUCCAAUUUUUCUUUGGUGUCAAAGCAUUCUGGCAUUUAGUUCUGUUGGACACAAUCCAGUAGCAACAUGUCACAGUAUUCUGGCAAGAUCGUUUUCUAUGAGGGGAAAUGCUUCACUGGUCGGAAGCUGGAGGUGUAUGGUGACUGCGACAACUUCCAGGACAAGGGUUUCAUGAACAGAGUCAACUCCAUCCGCGUGGAGAGCAGUGCCUGGAUCUGCUAUGAUCACCCUGACUUCAAGGGCCAGCAGUACAUCCUGGAGCGGGGCGAGUACCCCGAGUUCCACCGCUGGAACGCUCACAACGACCACAUGGGCUCCUGCAAGCCUGUGAGAAUGCAUGGCGAGCAUUACAGAAUAGAACUGUUUGACACCUGCAACUUCACUGGCCAAUGCAUGGAGUUCUGUGAGGACUGCCCAUUCCUGCAGGGCAGAGGCUGGAAUAAGACCUGUGUGAACUCCCUCAAGGUUUACGGCGAUGGAGCCUGGGUUCUGUAUGAAGAGCCAAACUAUCGCGGCAGAAUGUACAUCGUGGAGAGAGGAUACUAUCAUUCCCACUCGGUGUGGCAGAGCCAAAGUGCCAACAUCCAGUCCAUUCGCAGAGUGGUCAAUUACUUCUAGUGAGAUAGACAAAGAGAAUCAUCUCAUCCCUCCUGCCGAAAUCAAACUUGAACCUUCAAAAUAAAUAAAACAUAACAGCAUGUUUUGAAAAAGAGAAUAUC